AUGGAGUUCGCUCUGAUCCUUGGCGAAACGGCUUUACAAGGGCCUGGAAACUUUACAUUGCUCUGCCUGAAGUACCACAACGGUUACCACAACCAAUUUCUCGGUAGGAACACCUGGCUCCUGAAGCUCAAGUUCCUAAGGGAGUUGACAACGUGGCUGGAUGCGUUUGUGCUGAUCUGUGGCUGGGUGGAACUCAUCAUCUACCAGAUGGGACGAGAGGACCUCUACUUCUUCCGUGACAUUCGAAUGCUGCGUGUGGUCCGGAUUUGCCGACUGGCCAACCUCGUCCGGAAGACCAGGUCCUUGCGUGAGCUGAGAAAGAUGAUAACUAUGUUCAGCACCUGCGCGAGAACCUUGGCAUGGUCUUUGCUAUUCUGCUUCGGCAUGAUGACCAUGUGGGCGAUGCUUUUGGUGGAGCUCGUGAAUCCUCUCUGCUGUCUUAAUGAUGCAGCCUGCACGCAGUGCUCGAAAGCCACUGGGUCGAUCAUGGAAGCAAACCUCUUGCUGUUCAAGACUGUCAUUGCUGGCGACAGCUGGGGCACCAUCGCGGUUCCCAUCGUUGAGGCCGCGCCGUGGACAGCCAUCAUCUUCUGUGGAUCCCUCCUCACUCUGGUCUUCGGAGUGCUCAAUCUCGUGGUGGUGGUGGUCGUGGAUACCUUCGCGGAAACACGAGACCGAGACAUGAUGAACCUGGCUGAGGAGCUGGAAUUCACACACGAAGACGACAAGAAGCAGCUUCUCAAGAUGUUCAAACGCAUUGAGCGGGAAGAUGAGGACGAGGAUGGAGUUACCUUGUCUGAGCUGAUCCAGGGAGUGCGCAAGGAUCGCGAGCUGCAGAGCCGCCUGCGCGUGAUGGACAUCGAUGAGGUCGAUCUCGAGCAGCUUUUCUACAUGAUCGAUGCCGAUGGAUCUGGCACAGUUGAGGCCGAGGAGUUCGUCACCCCGCUUAGCCGAUGGGUCCAUGACUCGAAGACUGCCACCAGAUUCAUCAAGUACAACCUCAUGCGUCACAUGCAGCAGCACGAGGCAUUCAUGCAGGACGUCAGCUCCAGGCUUGAUCGUCUCCAAGAAAAAGUCGCUCCGGUCAUGCGCGCAUCACAGCGUUGGGAGGAGAUCCCCCCACCCACAGGAAUACCACGCACCUCCAUGCGGACAUCUAUGCGUUGGGAAAUGAUCCCCCCGCCGCUGGCCUCGCGCAGAUCUCAGACCGCUGGCGCAUCGCUUACUUCGCCGACGCAUGUAGCUUCUGAGGGCGAAGUCGAAUCGCCGAAGAGCUCCGCUCUGGACUGGCUUGAGAAGGCGAACGCCGAACAGCCCACGGACAAGCUCGUCACCUCAAACAAGAUCGUCACCUCAACGAGGCUAGCAGAAGAGGACUCGGUGAAGGCCGCUCUUGUCCAUGCCGAGAAACUUCUCGUAGCAUCCAACAAGGAACUGCUGGAAAGGUCCCUGCAGGCGAUGAAAGGCAUAUUCCAUGACGUUGGCAAGGAGACAGGCUCUCCCUCCAGCGCAAAGAAGCCGAGGAGCAUGUCAGAAGAGCACAGUGACGCACCCACCAAGCAGAAGCCUAUGGCCUACAGCGCAUUCAGCGAAAAGUCUGAGUUUUCCAAAGCAGAGGACCCAGCAGCGCCAGCGGCCACUUCACAAGUGAAUGCGUUCUUUCGGACGGUACCUGGGUCCGGUGAUCCCGACAGCAUGCAGACUGAUAAGUCUGCAGACCAGAUUUCCGUUUCUGUUGGGCCAAGGCGCGGCACCAGGGACAUCUGCGGAAUUUAG